AUGUUUGGGUUCAAUUUGACCUCGAUUGUUAGUAGUUUAUUUAUCAUCUACAUAGCAAAUUCAAUCUAUCAAUUUUACCAACUUUUUACACCGGAGCUUUGCGAUGUUGAAAAAGAGGCUGGCGAAUGUUUAGAGCCAAUAGACUAUGCGACGAAGACGAGUAGUCCUUCAUAUUUAUUGCGAGUUUACACAUCAGUAUCAUCUCGACCAAUUCCAAUCGGAAAUCUCAUUCUUCAAGAAGAGGCUUUCUUCUUGGGAGAGUAUUAUGAAAGAAAAAUGAAUAUUUCAUUACCGGAUAACAUGGUCAAAAAUGGAUCUCUUUAUGUUCACAUAUUUUUGUUUCCAAGUGAUUUUAAAGGAUCUAAUCCAAAUGCUGCUGCAUGGCGAGUUAUUCAGAGUGGUUUGAUAACAACUUAUUCUGAACCAAUUCCGAAAGCGUUUAAUUUAAUGGGCAGUGAGAACACAAAUCAACAACAAUCCACAAAAAAGAACAAAUCACCAAUUAAGACAGUAGCCCAUCUUCGAACAUCAAUCCCGCUCACAGGCCUUGCUGAUCCACUCAGCUUCAAAAUAAAAGCAAUUCCACAUGAGAUCUAUCGAUUUUUGGAAACGGCAGAAGUGGAUGAACAUCUUGUAUACUAUCCGUUACUCUAUUUUAAUACACUAGGAUUUCGGUCGAAAGAUUUGUCAGAGAUUACCCUUGAGCAAAGCGAAUACCCCUUAACAUUUGAUUACAGACCUUCAGGAAUCGGUAAAUUACGUUUGAUGAUUACCGCAUCGCUAUCCAUGCAACAACUUCGAAAUAUGGGAUUCAACGAAAAAGAUCUAGAUGAGGUAAAAGGGAUUUUUGUUGAUACAAAUCUGUAUCUACUUGGAUUGACAUUUCUUGUAUCGGCCCUUCAUCUUCUCUUUGAUGUUCUCUCGUUCAAGAAUGAUAUUUCAUUUUGGAGACAAAGGAAAACAAUGGAGGGCCUUAGCACUAAAGCUUUGUUAUGGAGAGCAUUCUCAUAUACAAUUGUCUUUUUCUACCUAUUCGAUCAACAAACAUCACUUCUAGUUCUUGUCCCAUCGGGAAUUUCAGUUUUAAUCGAAUAUUGGAAAUGCACGAAGGCAUUACGGAUAACAAUCUCUUUUCGAAAUGGAUUUCCAUCGAUUAAUAUUGGCGCUCCAACAGCAGCAGAAGCAGAGACAGAUGCUUUCGAUGCUCAAGCAAUGCGAUGGUUGGCAUGGUUGAUGUUGCCUCUAUGUAUUGGUGGAGCUGUUUAUAGUCUUGCGUAUGUUCCACACAAAUCAUGGUAUUCAUGGUGUAUUGAGUCGCUUGCUAAUGGAGUUUACGCGUUUGGAUUUUUGUUUAUGUUGCCCCAACUUUUUGUUAACUACAAAUUGAAGAGUGUAGCUCAUCUACCAUGGCGAGCUUUCAUGUAUAAAGCAUUUAAUACAUUUAUUGAUGAUCUCUUUGCUUUCAUCAUAACAAUGCCAACUGCACACCGGGUUGCCUGUUUCCGGGAUGAUGUUGUCUUUGUUAUCUAUCUCUAUCAGCGCUGGUUAUAUCCGAUUGACUACACUCGAGUCAAUGAAUAUGGAGAGAAAGGGAAUAGCAAUGCCCCAAACACGAGUAACAAUGCUGGUACACAAAUAGAAAAACCAAAAUCUCAACGAUUGAAAAAAGACGAA